AUGGAGGCGCUAAGGAAACGAUUCUUAACAAUAUAUGAAACAAAGUUUUUCAGUAUUGCUCCCCCUAAUGAGAUUGUAGAGCUUUACAAUGAGCUGAAAGCAUAUCUGAAAGUAGUGGAUCCAGCGCUCAGCCAAACCGACUACAUGUCAUUAAUGCAUAUGCUGUUCGACCUGUGCAUAUACAAUGGGAAGGAUAUCGAAGCACAGGUUAUUUACAAGACGCUAGAGGACAGAUUCGGCGAUAAUUCGCCGUAUCUCCAUGUCAUGCAGGCCACCAUGAUGCAAGUCAACGAAAAUGAUGUUACAGCAGAAAAGUACUUGCAAGAACUGCUGGACAGAGUUCUGGAGUACGAUACCGAUAUUUUGGACUACUUGCUUGUCAGCAAAAAGCUGCUAUCAAUAAGAAAACGGUCUCUUUCCAGGGAAAAGUAUAUCAGCGAGUUACUCAACUUGUCUGAAAAGUUCCCUCUUGACGGUGAGACAUGGACUGCCCUUGCCACUGAAUAUCUCGAAGCGGGCCAACUCGACAGAGCUGCAUUUUGUCUCGAAGAAGUACUUUGCAUUGCGCCUUUCAAUUAUAUUUGUUUUGCUCAGCUCGGUGAAGUUUUGUACUAUAAGGCGCUUCGGGACAAAAAGGGUAAGAAAGAUGUUCUUCAGGACUCUUUGAAUAAUUUUCUGCGUAGUGUGGAACUUUCAGAAACUUACUUGAAGGGCUGGGCUUUUGUUGCAAAGAUAACUGGCAUCCUAGACGGUAAGAAAGCUCUUCACAGCUUGGCGAAGAAGAAGCUAGAAGAAAUAAAUCAAAACAGUGAUAGCCACGACCACAUGAUAGCUAAAAUCAUUUUAGACAAAUUGUAG